CGAAUCUACAGCCUGCAGGCGAUCGCGUUAAUCUUCAAGUUAUACGUCCCUUCAGUAUCAUCUUAGUCUCCUACAGAUACUCGCUUAAUGGAGGGCUACAAUUGGCCGAUAUCUUCUCAUUUUGGAACAACGGGGUUGUGUCGCUGGCCCACGAAAGAGGGUAUGGAGGGCACAAUUCGAUGCAAGGAAGUCAUCGGCGGGUCGAGCAGGAUUCUCCUCAGCCUGGGACGGUGGUCUACGAAGGGGGGUACGGCGGGUACGGCGGGUACGGCGGGUAUGGAGGGUAUGGAGGGUAUGGAGGGUAUGGAGGGUAUGGAGGGUAUGGAGGGUAUGGAGGGUAUGGAAGGUAUGGAGGGUACGAUCAGGAUCAAUCGCUUACUUUUCGUGAACCCCGCAUAGAUCCUAACCUGCUCCGCCGAGUCGCCGCCAAAGUUGACGGGAUGCUUAACCAGUAUAUUCACAACGAUAUGCCAACUCGCUUGAUACAUGUCCCUACAAGACGGCUCGUCGGGAAAUCUUUCAUCUUUGACUACUUCCGUUCAUCCAUCCAAGACGAUCUCAACGUCCUUGCGCGCCGGCAUCCAUCCAAAUACAUAGAGCGCGGUUUUUACCGGGGCGAUAUUGACACUAUCAUCCGAAAUACUGUGGCGUAUACAACGCUUUCGCAUCGAUGGGGCAUCGGAGAACCAGCGUACUCAGCAUCAGGGAUUCUCGAGGGCCAGGGCCCCGGGUACGACAAACUUGACCAGUUCCUGAAAGCAACCUCGGAAAGGGGCAUCACAUUUGCCUGGUCAGAUACCUGCUGUAUCAACAAAAGCAGCAGUGCCGAGCUUGAUGAGGCUAUUCGGUCGAUGUUCCGCUGGUACCAGAACUCGACCCUCUGCAUUGUUCAUCUGGCGCAAACAUUCGAUGACGGCGAUGUUAGCGAAGAUGAAUGGUUUAGGCGAGGCUGGACGUUACAGGAACUUAUAGCACCUCUGCGAGUCAAGUUCUUCAACAAGGACUGGAUUCCUCUGAGCUGCGACGCGGAUGACAAAGUGGAUGAUGACCUAACACCCAAAAACAGCGAGUUUGAAGACAAUUUCGCGUGGGACAGAAAUAUGGAGCUGUCCAGCAAGAAAGCGUGGCAUAGCUUGACACAUUUCAGCUAUACUAAUUCUCUGGGAACACGUUCUGGAUUGCUCCUUCAGAUGGUUUCUACCAUUACAGGGAUCCGAGAGGGCAUUCUCGGGGGUAGCUUCGAUCCCACCCACAUCUUGAGCAUACCGGUAAACACGAGAAUAACAUGGGCCGCUAACCGGAGCACGACCCGGGGGGAGGAUGCGGCGUACUCUUUGAUGGGUAUGCUAGGGGUUAGCAUGCAAACAGCCUAUGGAGGGGGAAAGGAUAGAGCAUUCCGCCGGUUGUUCGAACUCCUCGUCCAGGAAACGAACGAUUUAUCCGUGCUAUUCUUCCGGAGCGAGUACCUGGCCGCGCUCACCAGCCGACUAUAAAGCC